UUUUCACCUCUCUAUUGGACCCCUCUCUUCUUUCUCUUUCAUUUCCUUGUUUCUUUCUUUUUAUAGUCUCUCCCAUUCUCUCCUUCGUUUCUUCGACCUUUUGCUUAUUAGAAAACACACGCCCGGCCUCUAUCAGUUCACCUAAUUAAAGUUAUUUUUUUAGUUUGAUAUAGCAAGGAUGUCGCCCACUGAAUCAACACGUGAGGAAAAUGUCUACAUGGCUAAGUUGGCUGAGCAGGCAGAACGUUAUGAGGAAAUGGUGGAGUUCAUGGAGAAGGUUGCAAAGACUGUCGAUGUUGAGGAGCUAACAGUUGAGGAAAGGAAUCUUCUCUCUGUGGCUUACAAAAAUGUUAUUGGAGCUAGGAGGGCUUCAUGGAGGAUUAUCUCUUCCAUUGAGCAGAAGGAAGAGAGCAGGGGAAAUGAGGAUCAUGUUGUAAUUAUUAAGGAGUACAGGGGUAAGAUUGAAUCAGAGCUGAGCAAGAUCUGUGAUGGGAUCUUGAGCCUCCUUGAGUCACAUCUCAUUCCCUCAGCCUCUUCUGCCGAGUCUAAGGUAUUUUACCUCAAGAUGAAGGGUGAUUACCACAGGUAUCUUGCAGAGUUUAAGACGGGGGCUGAGAGGAAGGAAGCUGCUGAGAGCACUUUGUUGGCUUACAAGUCUGCUCAGGAUAUUGCUCUUGCUGAUCUUGCUCCUACUCAUCCAAUAAGACUCGGACUUGCCCUUAACUUCUCUGUGUUUUACUAUGAGAUCCUCAACUCACCUGACCGUGCUUGCAAUCUUGCAAAGCAGGCGUUUGAUGAGGCGAUUUCCGAAUUGGAUACAUUGGGCGAGGAAUCUUACAAGGACAGUACAUUGAUCAUGCAACUUCUCCGGGACAAUCUGACACUUUGGACCUCUGAUAUCACGGAUGAUGCUGGCGAUGAUAUCAAGGAGGCAUCAAAACGUGAGUCAGGCGAGGGACAGCAGCAGCAGUGAUGAGUUGAUUUUUAUAGGAUGUCUACUUUGUACUUCUCUUAUCUUGUGACCUCUGCGUAGAUGCCACUGUGGCUGUUGUAGCUGGUGGUUGCUUAAUGAAUUUGGUGAACCUUGGGUGUUGACAACACUUAGGAUUCAAAUGUUCCAAUCCAACAGAUUAUCAGAGCUUCUGUUAUUGAUGUUUAGAAUGCAAGUUGGUAUUCUCCGUCGCUUUACCAAUGUGUUAGCAUGGAAACUAGGUGUUCCAUUUUUUUCCAAGUUACAUAAUUUACAAGAAAUUGUUGGGUGUUAUUGUUGUCAUCCUUCAUCUUUUUCUCUUUUAUGCUGAAGUAUUGGAAUAAUAAUUACUGCUUUGGGAGAAAACCACAAAAGAGGCCUCCUAUUCCUA